AUACCGAAACCAGUUACUAGUAUCAUCAUCGUCAUGCAUGGCAUACCCUCCCACCAACUAAGCGGGAAGGGGAAAUGCAAUUUUUGUUUACACCGAUUGGCAGUGAGCCUUAGGAGAAAGGAAACCAGCCCUUUCUAUUCCUCCAUUUCCUCUCUCAUUUAUUCUCGCUUCCUUUCACUGCAAAUCGAAACACCAUCUAAAUGGAAUUGGAGUACCCAAGAUGCACAGUUGCUCUCCCUUUUGGAGCCCAUCGGAGAAAACCCUCCUCAAUUGCUAUCCUACGUACCAAUUUUCCAGUUCUUAACUGGUACCCACCUCCUCAAACUAGGCCAGCAAGUCCAUGCCCACAUGACUCUUCGAGGCUUCCACCCGAACGCCUUCCUCGGUGCAAAGAUGGUUGCAAUGUAUGCCAGCUCCGGUGAUAUUGAUUCAGCUGUUGCACUCUUCAAUCAAAUUCGAAGUCCUUCAUUGCUUUUGUAUAACUCGAUCAUUCGUGGGUAUUCUCGAUCUGGGUACCCCGAGAGGACACUCAUCACCUACCUUCAGAUGCUCUGUAUAGGCCUUCAACCAGACUACUUCACCUUUCCCUUUGUCCUCAAGUCUUGUGCGGAUUUGUCGCUUCUUCGAAUUGGGAAAUGUGUUCAUGGGCAGAGUUUAAGGAGUGGUUUGGAGUAUGAUUUGUAUGUUGGGACUUCAUUAAUUGAUAUGUACGUAAAAUGUGGUGAAAUAAGGGAUGCUAAUCAACUGUUUGAUAGAAUGCCUGUUCGAGAUAUUUCGUCUUGGAAUGCUCUUAUUGCAGGUUAUAUGAAAAAUGGAGUGAUUGAUGUUGCUGAGGCAUUAUUUUAUUGGAUGCCAAAGAGAAACAUUGUUUCUUGGACAGCCAUGAUAUCUGGAUAUACCCAGAAUGGGCUUGCAGACCGGGCAUUGGGUUUGUUUGAAGAAAUGCAGAGGGACGAUUCGGAAAUAAAGCCCAAUUGGGUAACUAUCAUGAGCGUCCUCCCUGCUUGUACCCACUCGGCUGCUCUUGAGCAAGGGAGAAGGAUACAUAAUUAUGCAUGUGGGAUUGGUUUGGAACAGAAUCCUUCUGUGCAGACUGCACUCGUUGCAAUGUAUGCUAAAUGUGGAAGCCUUGUUGAUGCACGUAGCUCUUUUGAUAGGAUACCUGAGAAUGAAAAGAGUUUGGUUGCUUGGAACACCAUGAUAACUGCUUAUGCAUCUCAUGGAUAUGGCUUGGAAUCCAUUUCGACUUUUGAGAGCAUGAUAAGAGCAGGGGUUCAGCCUGAUUCUAUUACAUUCACAGGUCUGUUAUCCGGUUGCAGCCAUUCAGGUCUUGUUGAUGUAGGCUUGAAGUACUUCAAUUAUAUGACUAUUGUUUAUUCUGUUGAGCCAAAAUUGGAGCACUAUGCUUGUGUUGUGGAUCUUUUUGGUCGGGCUGGGCAUCUGGUGGAAGCAAAGGAACUCAUUGAUCGAAUGCCAAUGAAAGCUGGUCCGAGCAUAUGGGGAGCCUUGCUAGCUGCUUGCCGAACACAUAAAAACUUGGAAAUUGGGGAGAUUGCAGCCAAGGAACUGUUUGUGUUGGAGCCAGAGAAUAGUGGAAAUUAUGUUCUGCUUUCAAACAUGUAUGCUGAAGUUGGGAGGUGGGAAGAGGUGAACAAUUUGAGAGCUCUUUUGAAGAAUCAAGGUAUGAAGAAGAACCCUGGAUGUAGUUGGAUUGAGAUCAAUGGAAAAGCCUAUUUAUUUCUUGGCGGAGACACGUCACACCCACAGACAAAAGAAAUUUACAUGCUGUUGGAAGCCUUGCCUAACCAGAUCAAGGCAGCAGGAUAUAUGCCAGAUACUAGUUUUGUGCUGCACGAUGUUAGUGAAGAGGAGAAAGAACAAAGCCUCAAUACACAUAGUGAGAAGCUGGCCAUAGCUUUUGGGCUUCUUAACACCACACCUGGAACAAUUCUUCGAGUGACAAAGAAUCUUCGCAUCUGUGGCGACUGUCACACUACCGCUAAGUUCAUAUCGAGAAUCUAUGGUCGAGAGAUCAUUGUGAGAGAUGUUAACCGAUUCCACUGUUUCAAAGAUGGAUCUUGUUCAUGUGGAGACUAUUGGUGAUUAUCAUGAUUCUAUGUAGAUGCUCAGAAACAUGAUGGAAAUAGGCGCUUAGUUUC